AUGGGGUGUGGCGGCAGUUGUAUCAAGCUUGAACCGGCAAGUGUGGCUUCCUUCCACAUGACAGCACCCAAGGUGGUCCCAGCAGGAGUUCCGCUUCAGCCCGACCGCGAGGAUCACGAUGCCUACGUAAGGAAGCUGAAUGUGUGCCUGAAAAAAGUACAGAAGCAUCCGAAUAGCUUCCUCAAGAAGGUGGAAGCUCGACGUGCCGAAUGGUUCGAUGCUUUCGAUGCGAUCGCGCCGCAAGAGCUGCACCCUGUACCACAGCGGCCUAGCUUAGAAGUUGGUGGAAGGACCAGGACCUUCUGA